AGAGGUCCUGCCGGUUUUUCUAGCCCUGCCUCCGAGUAGCAGCAGCGCCGGGGAAGGAGAAGAGUCUGAGGCUGCGAGAGGAGCAAAUUGCAGGGGAAGGUAGAGAUUGUGGCAAACUUUCUAGCUGCUUCUGCGUGCUGCUACCUCAGCGGUGGGAGUGUCUGGCUGUAAGGAACUGCAAAGCCCAAACCGAAGAGCCCUGAGGCUCGAAAAAAGACUUCCCGCUGCCUUUAGAGGAGGAACUGCCAGCAGUGCGAGCUUUUGCGUAAACAGCUGAGUAGAUGAUACAGCUCUGGAAGAAAGAUUUGUCUUCACAAUUUGCUUUACAGUAUCUGAAUAGUGAAAGCACAAUGGACACUUUUUAGAGUUUUACAGAAAUCAAAAAUCGUCUAGGAACAAGAACGUUGGACUUCAAGGAAUAACAGACUUUAGAGAGCCCAGAAAUUGGUCACUGAUAAACCUGAUUUGGCCAUACAGCUUGGGAAUGAAUACCAUUGAGACAGCAAAGCUUGAAGAGCAUAUGGAGGGUCAAAACAAUGACACUUCUAAUGGCUACUCACGACCUACUCUCUCAGUCAGUGAAGAGAACAAAAAUGGCACUAGCAAACCAAAGGGCUUGUCUAAUGGCUUGCGAAAAACAACAAAGAAAUAUCCUGAUUACAUCCAGAUUGCUAUGCCGGCUGAGUCUAGGAACAAAUUUCCUCUGGAAUGGUGGAAAACAGGCAUUGCCUUUGUCUAUGCUCUCUUCAACUUGAUUCUAACAACUGUCAUGAUCACUGUGGUCCAUGAGAGAGUACCUCCAAAGGAGCUAAGCCCUCCCUUGCCUGACAAGUUUUUUGAUUACAUUGAUCGUGUGAAAUGGGCUUUUUCUGUAUCAGAAAUAAAUGGAAUGAUACUAGUUGGAUUAUGGAUAUUCCAGUGGUUGUUUCUUAGAUACAAAUCAAUAGUGGGACGCAGGUUCUUUUUUAUAAUAGGAACUUUGUAUCUGUACCGCUGUAUUACUAUGUAUGUUACCACCUUACCUGUGCCUGGAAUGCAUUUUCAGUGUGCGCCGAAGUUGAAUGGAGAUUCUCAGGCAAAGGUUCAGAGGAUCCUGCGACUGAUUUCUGGUGGUGGUCUAUCCAUAACUGGAUCACACAUCCUGUGCGGAGACUUUCUGUUUAGUGGUCACACUGUGGUAUUAACGCUGAUCUACCUGUUCAUCAAAGAGUAUUCACCACGUCAUUUCUGGUGGUAUCACUUAAUCUGCUGGCUAAUGAGUGCUGCUGGCAUAAUUUGUAUCCUUGUUGCUCAUGAACACUAUACUGUAGACGUCAUCAUUGCUUACUAUAUCACCACACGGCUUUUUUGGUGGUACCACUCAAUGGCUAAUGAAAAGACUUUAAAGGUCUCUUCGCAGACAAAUUUUCUCUCUCGAGCAUGGUGGUAUCCAAUAUUUUAUUUCUUUGAGAAGAAUGUGCAAGGCUCUGUUCCUUGCAGCUUUUCCUGGCCGAUAUCGUGGCCUCCCAGCUGCUUCAAAUCUUCAUGCAAAAAGUAUUCACGGGUUCAGAAGAUGGGAGAGGACAAUGAAAAAUCUACCUGAAGAAAAGAAGGAAAGCAUCUGCUCUGUUUUUUUACCAAAACAUUAAUGCUGUAACCAAAGCUCUUAAGAGGACUACACUGUAACUGAAGAAGUGGACCAAGCUUCUGUGCAAUUGAUUGGAAAGACAAUUGUAGACAAACAUAUUGCCAUUUCAUAUGUUUUCCUAUCAUCAGGCUGUACAGACCUAUUCUACUCUUCAGUGCUAAUAGAAUGCACCACUGAUGGGAUUUUUUUAUUAAAGAAAAAAUGGAGCAGGACUUUGCUUUACUAAUGAGAUAGAGGCCAAAGACCACACUAGCACUUUCAUUACUAACUAUCACUCAUCCACAGAAGCACCCAAAAAUCUCAUCUUCAGAGUUCUGGAGUGCGUAAGGGCAAAAACAUGCUAAAAUGUAAAGGCAUGAUAUCGGCAUAUUUGAGGCAUAUAAAAAAAAUAACACAAUUGUAGGAAGUGGUUUGUUGCAUUAUUCUUGCUAAUGAAGGUAAGGCCUUUGCGUGACUGGUACAGCUGGAAGCAAGUCUUGACUUUUUUUACACUCUGUGGGUAUGAAUAUCUUAUGACCCUAAAAUACUACUUACCACCAUUAUCUCCCAUAUAUUCUACUAUAUACCAAUUUUUACAUUUUUUAUUAGUAAUUUUAUAUUUAAAACGUUGUGCUACCUGAUGACUUUGCAAAUGAGGAAUAGCUGCUAACAUCAGAGCUCAAGGAGCCUAAAACUUUAUUUUUAAAAAAGGACAUGGUUUCAAAGUCUAAAUCUUUAAUUGCAGUUUGGCCUUGUGUAUAUAGCUAUACAGUGCCUAUCAGUGUAUGUACAUGCAUAUACACACAAAAGCACAUACUGUUGUGUAGUUAAACACAUAUUAAAACUACUUACUAGAAAGAGUGAUCAUACUGUUCUUAAUUCAGGCAAAAGUCCUACAGAUCUUACCUGCUUGAGGAAUGCAAGGCCAGGUCCAAAAUGGGGCUAUAAUUAAAAUAAACAUUUUAAUUUUAGUAGCUCUCUCUUGCUGAAACUAUGUAGCAAAUUUGUUUGGGAGCCAUAGUUCUGCAUUGACUUUCCUUUUUACCUAUUGGCGUGUUUCUGUGACUUCAAAAAAACCAAAAAAGUGCCAAGGUGAAUACCUACAACAGUAGCAUUUCUCCAAUUAUUACCUAAACCCAUUUCAUAUUAAAUGACACUGUGGUAGAACUUGCACGCAGAUUCUUUUUUUCCCAGGGUUUCGUGCAACUGACAUGGCUUUAAGCAAGUUGGCUGAGAAUGUGGGAAAUUACCAUGGCAAACAUGUAACAAAACCACAGAUUAAUUAGCUACCUGGUUCUUGUUGGGUUUUAUUGUUUUGUAUUGUUGGGAAAGCAAAGUAGAAAAUUAGCAUACCAUGUUUAACCAUUUAUGUUCUGUAAUAAUUUCUGCAAUUAACUCAAUUUUAUUUUCAAAUCUUCAGUAAAACCUGAUAGCAAAGAUAAAACUGCAUUAAGUGUUGAAGUGAUACUAAUAUAAAGGAAAUGCUGCUUAUUUUAAGAAUGUUUUGAACUGAGUGACAAGUGUGAACAUAGUUUAAACAAUAACAACUUGUUUUUAAGAAGUCCAGUUAAAGUUACAAAAUGCAAUAUGGAGUAUUCAAAUAUGAUUUUUUUUCAGUUAAGGGGAUCAGUUGCUAUGAGUUGUACAUAAGAAUAUUAUUAACGUGCAUUUCAAAUAUUUUUUGUGCAUUAUCAAAGUAAUACAAUAAACAAUGUUCCUUAUAAUAUAUCCUUGGUAAAACUUAGCUAAGAAAGAAAUUCUGCUGAUGUUUGGUUUUGUUAUUUAAAAUAAGCUUCUUGGACUUUUAUAACACACCCCUGGAAGUUGUGUGUGUGUGUGGGCAUACCUAUGUUUCCAUUUGCUUGCUCCUGGCAGACCUUGAGCAGCUAAAAAGCCAGUAUCAAAACACUUAUAUGAAAGUCCUUUUUCUGUAUCAUAUAAAUGAAUCUGUUCGAUGUCAGUCUGUAAAUCUCCCAAGAUACUUGUUACAUCAAUACUACUUCAUAGAGCAUAAUAUCUUUUUUUGAAGCUGAAUUCUAAGCUUUGUGAUAUCUUAAAUAUGGUCAUGUUAAGCCACUUGUAGUAAUAUUAUCUUUUAGAAAUUGUGAAUUAAUUUCAUUAGUGGUAACCGUGUCUUGAAAAUAACAUGAAAAGCAUUCCAGUAAGGAGCUUAAACAGUGGGUUUCAUCUGGUGGCUGAAUAAUAAAUACUUUGAUAGUCUAGGUAGCUAAUUGUCUGCCUAACCACCACCAUGUCUCAGUGGGAUUUCUGCAAUGUAUCUGCAACGUAGAAUUUCUUCAUGCAGGAUGAGGUGUUUGGUUUUUUACACUUAUUCCUGUUUUUGAAAGGAAAAAAUAUGAAAGUGAUGAUUGAGGCAAGAAAAGAUUAUGCUUUUGUUGGGAGGUGAGAGCUUUCCUUCUACUUCUGAAUUUGAUAGAAUCUUCUAUUGUAAUACAAAAGGAAGGUUUAAAUGGCAGCCCUAGCUCAAAAUACUUGAUUCCUGUUCUGGCUCGGCCCUCCCUUAAGUGCUUAAAUUUUCUCCAUUGUAUCAAAGCCCUCAAAAUGGUGUAUUUUAAUUAGCAGAAAACCCCACUUCUCUACUCUCUCAAUAGCUUUAAAUUGCUUUUGCAAACUUGGAUGGUAUAGAUGUUUAGGCCUAUAUGUAAGGUGGUGAAAUGGGGUAAGUAAUGGUAUGUGCUAGUGCUUACUGCUACAGUAGUUUAUCCAAUACAAACCACAGCCAGUACAUAAAAAUUACUCAUUUUAAGAACUUAGUGAUCAUUGUAGUUAAAUACUAUGAAGCUGAAAACAUGGUUUCAUCCUAAGAGGAAAAAGGAUUGCAGUGGGUAAGAACAGGAGAAACUUAAGUCUUCGCUUAAUUUACUGAUCACUUGAUUGCAGGCUUAUUUGGGCUGUAUAUGCCCAAUGUUAUGCAGUAUGUCACUGUAAUUAUCUUUUCCUGGAAUUACAAUAAUAAUCUUUCUUACAGGUGUCACAUGAGCUGCACCUGUACUGUGACUAUAAGUAAAAUGCUUCUUUUCUCUACUGAAGAGCAUUUACAUGCUGAACUUCCCUGACACUUAAAAAAAAAAAAAGAAAAGGCACUACACUUUUGUACACCUGGCGUAUCAGUUGACUUAGAUGCUGUUGGGUGCUUUCCAUUUAUGAAAUAACCUUUCUUAAAUGCCUAACCUAAAUUUAAAACUGGAUUUAAAAGGUUAACUUGAGCAUAUAAAAAAAUGUGCUGCUAUGUUGUCAUGCUACAGGUGCUUUAUUCCUAUGCCAGAAAUGAUUAGCAUAUACUUGAAACAACUGUAAAUUGACAUUUUUAUGGUAUGUGCUUAGCACUCCCAUGUGGACGUAAAUGGUACUAAAUGUUAAUCAUCAUAGCUAUCUUUCCAAGAAAACAGCAACAGGUGGAGUAAUAGCAAAAAGAGCUGUGCUAAACGUUGCUAUGAACUCUAGUACUGGAUUUGCUUCCCUCCUUAAAAAAAACCAACACUCCCCCCUCCCCCCCAAAAAAGGGGGGGUGGGAGAGAAGGAAGGGGGAAAAAAAAAUCAAGACUGUAUUUAUAUGUUAAAAUACACUACCUUCAUGUAAUAGAGAAAUAAAGCUCAGUAACAGAGACGCAACUGGGAAGUAUUUUAGAAGAUGAGAGAGAAUUCUCUUAAUUAGAUUAUGGCAAAUCCACUUAUCUGUGUCUUAAAUCAGAAUCUGUUCAAACUCUGACUUUCUCCCAUCAUUAGUAUCUGGCUAGACAAGUUAUCCUAAGUUGUUUGUUACUAACCCAAAUUCCUUUUCUCAUUUCAGUAGAUAUGAAGUAUGAUUUACAGUUCUAGAGACCAGAUCCAUUAACUUCAGUGCAAGGUGAAGUCUUUCCAUUUACUUCAAAUGAACUUUCCACAACUCUUUAACUUAAAAAAAACCCCCUAUCUUAAAGAUUCAUGGGGUAACUUUAAAAACAUGUCCAAUCUAUCAGAUGUACUGGAACCAUUUUUUCCUUGCUGGCAGACUUAACAGCUGUAAAGCUCCACUGUCAUCUUGAUAUUUUUACAAUGUGUGUUUUGGACUUACCUAUAAGUCUUCUAUAGGCACACGGGAUUAGAGUGAUACUGUAAGACUGCUGAAUUUAAGUGUUCUGUACCAGGCAUUGUAAAAUCAAUGUCUUAAAUUCAGUUACUGAAAAAGGGGUCUUAAAAAUAAAUACUUCUGUUGGACACCAUUUAAAUGAGUGUUGCUGUUUAAGUGCACAUUGGAAAAAUAUCCUAGCAUGCCACUGAAGUAACUUUGCGUACAAGUUAGCCUUCAUAUGCUAUUUUAUGAUGCUUCCUAGUGUCCAAGAAAAAAAAAAAAUUGUGCUGAGAAACUGAGAAUUAAGACAAAGGCUUUUGUUCUAGUAUUUACAAGAAAAAGGGAGAUGAAAACAUUGAAGUAGAUGGUGAUCAUAUAUUGCUUUUUACACAAAUUGAGCUAAAACUAGACCUAACUUCUAAGUAAUGUAGAAUUACAUUGUUUAUGUGUAAUAGUACUGCAAAAAAUACUUAUAAGGAAACAGGCAGUAUUAAGCACUUCAUUCUACAGUACAGAUGUGUGUCUGUGCUGUGGAUUGUGCUGGUUCUCAUCCAUAACUUACAGUAUAAAAAUAAAACCCAACUCAGUGAGAGAUGCUUGGAGAUUUUAAAAUACUUAAAUAUGAUUAGCAAACUUCCGUAAGCUGUUUCUCCAAGCUGUCACUAACAGUUUCUAAAACAAGAACAAAGUGCUGCAAUGCUUAAAACAUACUGAAGCUUUUUUCCAGUUGGCUCAAGUUUCCAUGUAUUUAACCAUUUGAUUAAGUCUUAUUAAUCUAGAAAGUAGCACAUAAGAAUUUCGGGCUAGGUACAGGUAACAAAUAUUGUAGGAACAAAUUCUAGUUCUGAACUCAUCUUUUAUUUCAGUAGAUAAUCAUUCCUAAUAAAAGACUUAGAAUGCCUGAAUGAUGUUUUAAGAUGAAGUAAUGAUCUGUGCAGUCUCUAGUGUGUAUCUAAAAUACUGGUGUUGAGGAUUCCUUCUCUCCUGGUGGAAAUUAGUGCUUAAAAACUCAGGAAGAUAUGACUUGUUUUCAAUGAAAAUAUGUUAAUUGAUAAGGGCUUGGAGUUUAGCAAAUAUUAUGAGAAGUUUGUUUUCUGUGCCUCUCUGCUGUGGGCUAACCUUUAAGUUAAAAGAUGCAACCCAGGUAGGAGGAGAGGGCAAACCAGCUCUUUCUGGAAGCAGUAAUUUGUGACUUUCUGAAUUCAAAUUGCAUUGGCUGCAUGCUACAGGCAGUCUUAUCCGUACGAUAGUGGAAAAAAAGAUGCUGUGUUAUACUAUUACAGUGUUCACUUUUUCAAAUGAUUCUGUAUCGUUUGGCCCAGCCCUUCCCUUAGAUGAGGAGUGAAUGUUUGUGCUUUGCUUGCUGUAUGGUUAGUCAUAACUGGUUUUAGUUCUGGUAAAUGCCAAUGGAAAAAAAGUAGAUCCAUUGUAUGCAGUGCCUAAGGUGUUUUUAAAGUCUCUAUGCAUGGGUUUCUUCUAGCAGAAAUACUCUUCUUUCAAGCUAUGCCUAUACAAUAUUAAUUUCAGCUCUUGUAUUUGCCCUCUGCAUAAUAAGGUCUUUAGGAAGUUAGCAUUUGUGAAACUGCAAAGACUUAUUACAGAAGAAUCUCUUUUGUGCCAAUUGAGAUUGAUUUUCACAAAACAACUUUGCUGAAAUGUGUUUGAAGGUAACUUUUUUUUUUUUUAAGAAAAAGUGGUCAGAAACUAGUCUGAGGUACAGGCAUCUUGAGCAGCUGGUGACCCAGGCACUAUGCACAUGUGUGUGGAGAGGGGUCUCUGUGGCAUAGGCAAUAUUGGGUGCAGUAUACAGAGGCUUCUCUGGGAAGAUAAACUAGGUUGUACUCUACACAUUAGGCUGUAAGCCAUCUUUCCUUGUUCUUUUGAGCUUCUUUCAGACUGAGGGCACAGCACCAAAGAUGGCAAUCUCUAAAAAGUGUAGUGAAGAUCACUUACUAAACCAGAAAACUAUGAAAGGGGCUGAAAAGGCAGACCACUGUGACUUCAAGUAUGUGAAUUGCAUUUAAAAUGAGUGGGUCUGUUCACUUUUUAAUUUUUUUUUUUUAAUUAGAGAUGGCAGGAGUGCUGAGAAUAAUAUACUCCCUGCUUACUUUUACCUCUACCAAUGAAGUGUUUGUACACAGACCUUAAAAAAUAUUGUUAAACUCCAACCCCUCUUCCAUUUUGAGUACCUUGUUAUUAGUGCUUUGUUACUUCUGUAAAAACUGGUUUUGCGUUCCACUUUUUUCAUAGCUUGUUGCUGCUCAAAAUGCUGCUUACACUUUAGCCUCGGUGGCUUUGGGCUCCUGUCUUACUUUAUCUGCUUCUGUUAACUGCCUUUUCUAAAUGGCUCAAUACAGAAGAGUAGGAUUAAUGUUUGAGAAGGCUCCAAAAUUAACACUAAAGCCAAAAGGUGUUCUUGUCAGACACAUCUUUGCACAAUUUGAGACUCUGAAAUUAUUUUCAAGUAUAAAACCUAACAUCCUAGGGCAUAGUUUUUAUCUCAGGAAUCAAUUCUUACUCUUUAAAUGUUUAGUACAUUCAUUUGUGUUUAUUUUUCUGAUUCAGGAGAGCAUGUGUGAGAUGUGAAAAAGAUAAAUUCUGGCAGUUUUGUGAGGUCAGGGUCACACCAAGGAACCUGAAAAUAAAACAGGAAAGAAUGGUUUGACGGCUGCGGUUCUCAUGCUUUCCAUGUGACUUUGAGGAGAACUCUAAAGACUUCUGUAAAAACUGUAUAGGAUGUCACUUUUAACUGCAACAUGCUUUCAUCCUCAUUGGCUGACAGUUUUUCUUGCGUGAUUUCUCCUAGGUCGAAUCCGCAGCUUUAUACAUUAAUUGGAGCUGUAUAUCCAACCUGGGAAAAACUAGGCAAGAAAAGCUGUUGGCUGCUGAGGAACCUUAGAUGGUAAUAUAGGAAUGCUGUAAUGUUUGCAUGAUGAGGAGCUAAUACAUGGCCUUUUUGGUUUUUUAAUAGCUUUAGGGUCCAGUUCUGCAAUUGCUGUACAGCAUAACGUUACAGUAACAAAUGAUACUACUUAGAGACCUUCUGUGCUGCAGUUUGUACUGAUGUUUGCAAACUGGACCUCAUUUCUACAUAAAUUGUUCAUAAAUAGCAAGAGUUGGCUUUUAUGUUGCAAAACUUUCAGGAUGACGUUUUCUAGCACUUCAGCUAUUUCUGUUAAGUGGAUGCCAACUGAGUGUUGUGGUUUGCUGCAUACUGUGAGAUACUAGAGUUGUGAUUUGUAAGACAUUGCAAUAUGUGUUCACUCUGUAAAAAAAAAAAACAACCUAUUGCACUAGCUGUACUUUAAAAAAAAAAGCAAUAAUGUGAGCAUCUUGUAGCUUUUAUCUCUAAAGGUGCUAUCUGUCAUGAUCACUUGCACUGUUGACCAUGAAUUUGGUAAAAAUAUGUUAAAGAAAUUGUCUUAUGUGGUUUACUCAGCACAUACAAGUUGAAACUUUUUAUGGUCAGCCUGUGUACUAACAAAUGCAAUACUUUGUUGGACUACUUACUACCAUACACAUCCUUAAAAAUCAAAAACCUAUGUCCAUUUAUGGUGCUAAUGAUCUCUCAAAAAAUACCAGGAGCUCAUACUCUAUUCUUACCCAUGAACAUUAAGGAAAGCUGUUGUGACACCUUUUCAAUAAAGCAUAAUUUCUGUACUUUUUAA